CACCUCAGUUCGCUCUCCAACCCCAUAAACCUGACAUGACCGCUCCUUACAGACCAACCUGAAGAUAUUAGAGCACCGUAAUUCGCAAUGCCUACAGCAGCACCCAAAGUCAAGCCAGCAGCGCUCAGCAAAGAGCUCUCCGAACCUCUCCCCGAACCGCCAUCCUUCGAGGGCAAGCCCGGUGUUCGAAGCAUAGCCGGCGACCUUGCUGACCAACGUGUCAAAGGCAAAGUCAUCAUCGUCACCGGCGCCAACUCCCUCAUCGGCAUCGGCCGCGCCAGCGCCCACCAAUUCGCGCGCCAUGGCGCCCGCGCUUUGUACCUCUGCGACUACGACUCGUCCAACCUCGACCUACACAAGCGUGAACUCGCAUCGCUGUACCCCCGGGUAGAAGUGCACACACGCCAAUUCGACGCCGCCGACGAAGCCGCCGUGAAAGUCGUAGUCCAAGACGCCAUCGACAAGUACGGACGUCUCGAUGUCUUCUUCGCUAACGCAGGGAUAAGCAGCGGAAAAGUGUUCUGGGAAGAAGACUCGGAAGGGUUCAUGAAAGUCAUGCGCACGAACGCUUUGUCCGUCUUCCUAGCAGCCAAAUACGGCAGUCUUGCCAUGCGCAAGACCAGCGCCGAGAAACCGUACCCCGGCGGGAGUAUCAUUGGGACUGCGUCUGUUGCCGGGCUGAAGAGUAAUGCUGGCCCGACGGACUAUUCGGCUAGUAAGGCGGCGGUGAUUAGUCUGAUGCAGACAUGUGCGUAUCAGCUUGUUGGUAGCGGGAUACGGUGUAAUGCCGUCUGCCCAGGGCUUAUUGAGACGGGUAUGACCAAGAUCACGUAUGACGCGGCGCGAGCUAGGGGCAGUGAGAAGAAGAUUGGGCAGUUGAAUCCGUUGAGGAGGGGUGGGCAGCCGGAUGAGAUUGCGCGCGCGGUGUUGUUCUUGGCGAGCGACGAGAGCAGCUAUGUUAAUGCGCAGGCGUGGGCUGUGGAUGGCGGAUUGAGCGGGGGAAUGCCGUUUGUGCCCGGGAAGUUGGCGUAGGCGUCGUCGAGUCGGAUUCAAUUUUCAUGGAUGAAAAGUGGUGUGGGGGUCCUCUGUAGUAUGUACAUCCAGUGGU